UAUGUAAACAAGAGUUUAAAAUUUUUGUGCUGAGCUCAAGGAUUUGCACUUGGAAGAAAUACAGAAAUCAUUUUUAUUACACUGCCCAAAGAUUUGAUACAUAAGGUAUUUUUGCUUGCCCAUAUUCCAACAUUUAUAAAUAUCAAUUUCUAUAUAACUUCUCGAAGUGAACAGCACAAUGGAAUGUGAUUUUCAAGAAAAAUUAUCAAACGAUGAAAUUACCAAAACUUACAAUAAGUUGAAAGAAGUUUUAAAUGAAAGAAAUGUAAGAAGUUAUCCAAAAGUAUCUACACAACCCAACUCUCUACGGGAGCUUGAUUAUGAUGAAGUAUAUCCAAGUAUAUAUAUUGGUAAUGCUGCCACAGCAAGAAAUAAAGCUCAUCUUUUACAUUUGGGUAUAACACAUUUGCUUAAUGCUGCUGAAGGAAAAGAAUUUGGGUGUGUAAAUACUAAUGCUAGCUAUUAUUCUGAUACAACAAUAAAAUACCUUGGUUUACAACUUGUUGAUUGUGACAGUACAGACAUUAGCAGGUAUUUUCAUAUUAUUCAAGACUUUAUCGAUGAAGCUAUUUCUGCGAGAGGCAAAGUUUUUGUUCAUUGUGUGUUAGGAAUUUCACGUAGUGCAACAUGUGUGUUAGCAUAUUUAAUGCUUAAAAAGGGAAAGUCAGCUGCAGAAGCAAUUCAAUUAGUCCGAAGGAAUCGUUUCAUUCAACCAAAUUGUGGUUUUCUUCGUCAACUAGCAGUAUUAGAUAAUCAGUUACAAAGUUUACGAAAGUAG